AACAUACUCUCUCGAAUGUAUCAUCCUAAUUUGCCUUCGAUUACAGUCCUCUUAUCUCUUUUUUCUUCCAAAAGCCAAACGAGCCCUAACCCUUCGAAGAAAAUGGCACCGAAGGCCGAUAAAAAGCCGGCAGAGAAGAAGCCUGCUGAAGAGAAGAAGACGACGGUAGCCGAGAAAGCUCCGGCGGAAAAGAAGCCAAAGGCUGGCAAAAAGCUUCCUAAGGAAGGAGCAGCGGCCGGAGACAAGAAAAAGAAGAGAAUUAAGAAGAGUACGGAGACCUACAAGAUCUACAUAUUCAAGGUCCUGAAGCAAGUCCACCCAGAUAUCGGGAUCUCAAGCAAGGCUAUGGGAAUUAUGAACAGUUUUAUCAACGAUAUCUUUGAGAAACUUGCGCAAGAAGCUUCAAGGCUCGCAAGGUACAACAAGAAGCCCACGAUCACUUCCAGGGAAAUCCAGACUGCUGUUAGACUUGUACUUCCUGGUGAGCUUGCGAAGCACGCUGUUUCUGAAGGGACCAAAGCCGUUACCAAGUUUACUUCUUCUUGAAAGGGGAAUUUGUGGUUACGCUGUUAGGGUUAGGUUUUUUAAAUUAGAUCGCUUGUGUUUGUAUUUUCAAUAUGGAUCUGUGGUAUCCUGAUUUGAACAUGGUAGAAUCGAUUGCAAUUAAAUACUACAAUUUGGCUUAAUUUC